GACUCUACAGUCGCGACGUGUUUGACAUUUAGAGGAUUUUGUAUUUUCUUACCACUUCUUCCUCUUUUUUUACAUACGUGUCAAGCAAACUUGUGCGCGUUCGGCCUUAGAGCCUCUAAUUUUAGGAAUAAUACUGACAAAUAACAAAUAAUCAAAUAAAAUGGCACCAAAGCAGAGAAUGCGCAUUGCUAAUGAGAUCGCCAGCAAGAACAUCACAAUGAGAGGCAAUGUACCCAAAACCACAAAGGUAAUUACAUCUUUACAUUAAUUUAAUCAACACAGCUACCAUGUUGCAGAUUUAAAGUUCUAAACCUGACAGAAAGCUAACAUUCAGACAACAAACACAAAUUGUUACUUUUUAGAUCUGAUUGUGCUGUUCCCAUGUUUAUGGACUGAUUAGCCAAUCUACAUAAGACCUUGUUGCAUUAGAGUAAUAUUGGUCAAUAAGUCAGGUUUUUAAGUGCUUUUCAGAGCAUUUGUGGUUAUUUCGUUACUGCGCAGCGUAUAACAUUUGCCAAAAAAUAUCCAAAAAAAAUCUUUUAAUUUUGUUUUUACUUUAUUCAAAAAAAAUCCCAGACGUUUUUGUAGGUUAUAAAGUAUUACCAUAUCCAAAAUUUAUUCUAUUAAAAUUCCCAAAAAAUAUACUUUUGGCAAUCUCAAAUUUUAAUUACAUAUUUAUUGAGUAAUUUUAAUAAUACCUGCAUAUCGCCAGACAAAUUUAGCGGUUUUAAACAAUUCCCAGAUGUAAAUAAAGUUCACAAAUGAAUACAACAAAAAAGUCUAAUGCGCAGCCAUAAGUAAGAGAAAAAUAGCUUGCCGGCAGCUGAUGUGGGCCCAAGCUCCUCGCACUGUGUUCGGCUAUUGAGAAACCACGUGUUUCCACUAUAGUUCUAGGUCUGCGUUCACACUAGAGUGUUUUGUGUGAGAGCAAUCGCAACAUUGUGAAAAAUUAUCUAGUGUUUGUAUACAUUUUUUUAAAGAUCUUAAAAUUAAAUUCUCGUUUUGUCCAUGGCUUAUAAAUGACCAUGUAAAUAUCUGUGUAUAUAGUUUGAAUUGUUUUAGAUCAGUGCUGUAAUAUUGUAAAAUCAUACCCAGAAAAUUAAUUAAAUAUUGCUAUUUAAAUACGUAAAUAAUAUUAAAAUAUAUUGAUAUAUUAUUUGUAUCAAUUGUUAUUGUUUAAUUUUGCAAGGUUGAAAUGUAUAUUAUGAUAAGCUAACUUAUCUAGAGUAAUAACUUUUAAUCACUCUGUAGCCCACUGAAAUAGUAAAUCUUAUCUUUGCUCAUCGCUAAAUAAAUAUCAAAUUAUUUAUACCAUUAUUCAGUAAAAACUUAAAUACUAAAAACUGCUUUAUUCAUGGAUUUUUUUGAUCUUAUGCUGAAAUUAAAGGCUUGUCAUUAAUAAAAAAUAGAAAUAUACUAGUGUAGUUAGGGUUGCCAGAUGGACGGGACUUGGUUGGAUUGUCCAGAUUUUUCAUAAUAUAUUGUCCAGUGUCACGGUUUUAGGCAAAAUGAUCCACUAAAAAUCAAAUACGACUGCGCGUUUUUAUGACAAUGCAGUAACUUUUCUCAUGACUAGUAAGAAUAGCAUAGAUUCGUUAGAGAGUAGUAUAUUCCAUGAGCGAGUAGCUCAGAAACUGCACCGCCGCUGCAGUGCCGACCGCCACUCGCAUGGACCGACACGCUCGUUAACGACGUGUGUUAAUGUUCAUAUACAUAUAUAGUGUUUGCUUUGAUUAAUAUGGAUUCUUAAUUUGUCAAACCAAAGUCUUUAUUGUCCAGAGAUUUUUUUUCAAUCUGGCAACCUAUAGUGCACAGUUCCUGGCGUUAUUUUGAACAAUGUUAAUCGAGUCUUUGAAUUUGUAGUGUUCCCAUCACAUGCUAUGUUUUGUUUAGAUUAGUGAUUUUGAAAAAAGCCUUGCAAUUUCAUUUAUCAAAAACAUUUUGAGAACAAAAUAAAGAAAAGGAAAACAAGAAAACACUUUAGAUUUAGAGGCUAUAGGAAAAUUACAUUGUCUUACAUUAAAGAGCUUGUGAGAUCAGUAUUUCAGAAUUAAGAAAGCAUAUUUUAAGGAAGUCUAUUCAGUUGUUUGAGGGGCAGGGAUAUAAAAUUAGUAAACUUUAUGAAUCUAUAGGUACAAGAGAACAUGUAAAUAGGUACAGUUUACAGGCUCGAUUUUAACUAUUUCAAUAUCUUAUGCGAAAUAAUUUUACGAUAUUAGGUACAUAGGUAGACAUUUUUAACACAAAAAUACGUAAUACAAAAGCAUCCGUAACUUUUUGUUUAUGUCGUCGGCAGAUUGUAUAAUACAUCAUUUCACAAACGGUGUCGUAUGUUUGCAAACGUUUGUAUAACGACGAAUCAUAAAAUCUGCCGACAACAUAGACAAGAAGUUAAAAACCAAACCAAAACCGCCAAGCAGCAUUUGGUGGUAGAGAUAGGUAAGUCUGGUAAUCUACCCAGACGGACUCCUAAAAUGCCUACUGCCUUGGUACUUGUUUUCUAUGAAUUUUUAGUAGUGGGCUUACACUGGACUAUGAUUAAUGAAAUGCUUAGUAAGUUAUGUCUACCAUUGUGAAGAUUAUAUUUAUUAAUGUAUUAAAUCUUUACUGUAAGAUACCUUACACUAUGAGUUACAAUGGGCAGACUUAAUAUCUUUAUGGUGUUCUCUACCAGUCAACCCAGUGUUAAAAAAGUAACUAAAACAUGUUAUGUAAACAAGCAUAAAUAUAUGACUGUACAUACUAAUAUACAUAAUAAAAAUAAUUCAUCAGAUGUUGUUUUACAUCAGCAGUUGCUGAACCAGUUUUUUGAAUGUAUGCUUAUUAGGUUGAUAUCCUAUAUUAUAUCCUAUUUACAAUAAUGAAAGAAUACAAUAAUUUUGCAAAGAAUGUAAUAGCUCAAAGAACUGACAACCGAUGGGGUAGCAAGGUUCUAGAGUGGCAGCUUUGUACCGGUAGGAGAAGUGUGCCCCCCAGUAGAUGGUGUGACGACCUGGUAAGAUAUACAGGAAGUCGAUCGAUGCAGGUGGCCCAGGACCGUACUUUGUGGUAUUCCUUGCGGGAGAGGCCUAUGUUCAGCAGUGGACUUGUGAAGAGCUGUAAUGAUUGCUAUAAUAAAAUUUACAUUUGUUUCAGGAAAAAGAUGACCAAUAUCCAGUUGCACCUUGGUUACUAGCCCUCUUUAUCUUCGUCGUGUGUGGUUCUGCGGUGUUUCAAAUCAUUCAAUCCAUCAGGCUCGCCUAGGACCUCUGUGAUGCCUUCCGACUGAUAAUUUAGUGUCCAACAGUGCAAUGACAGCAUGGUGCUUGUGGCAUGCUCUUAUAAUUUCUUCUUUAUUUGAUACUAAAUAAGGUUAUAAAUUGAGUGGCGAUGUAUAUCAUUAACCACCGGUACCCCUAUGUCAACAUCAUCAUCAUUCAUUGGUUUUGCAAUUCUGAUAACGAUCCUGUACAUUGCCACUUCAUUUGUAACUUCUAAAUAAAAUUAAGAAUGUUACCACUAAGUAAACUAUUCAUUCCUAUCGAAAAAAGACACAACCUAGUGUCAGUUUUAUAUUUUUGUCUUAUUAGUACUAUCUUUUAUUAGGUGUGAUAUAUUUUCCAUGCCACAUGCUCCUUAGAAAAGUGUGUUCGGAUGGGAUCAUAUAGGAAAAUAUUUUUGGUCCCUCUUGUUCACAUAUACCUGCAAAUUCUAUAGCUCUCAUAGUUUUCAUCUUCCUCUAGACGCAGGUAGUUAGACAUUUAUAAUCACAAUGUAAACGACAUAAUUGUAUGUACUAUAUUCUUGUAUAUUGUAAAAUAAAAUUGAAAAUUUUACAUUAAGCUGGUAAUUAUGAAUUUAGAUUAUUGUUGAUCGAAAAUUCCAGUGUUUUCACUUUUUUAUUUGUGACCGAGUGUAAGAAGACGCACAAAGUGACGACAUAACUUUGUGUCGUGCAAAGUUGUGUUGGUAUAUUAUAUUAUAAGGUUUUAGUUCAUUAUUAAUUUUAUGAAUGAAAUUAUUUUUUUUUAAUCCGCGCCACUGUUACGAAAUUAUUUGUCGGUUCUAUUUUUUAAUUUUAAAUGUAAUUUAUUUGAUUAAAUAAAAUAUAUUUGUC